ACGUCCGGUGUCGGAGUCCCGCCUUUUCCCCCUUUGUAGAGUUUCCGCUCUGAGAGACCGGGCCGAUCCCUAGCAGCCACUCACACUCCCGCCUUCACCCCGGGGGCGGAGUACUAGCAGCAGAAACCAGUCUGAGAGAGAGAACUACAACUCCCGGCCUGCACCGCGCCCAGCACUACAUUACCCGACAGCCUCUGCGCGGGCGUGGCCACAACCGGAAGCGGCGGUAAUCCUGUGAUCAGUCCCCCUGUGAUUCCAUCAUUGCUUGCAGUGACCUGUACCUUUAUUUUGCUCUGAAAAUCGAACAUGAACUUGGAACGGGUCCCCAAUGAAGAAAAAUUGCAGCUGUGCAGAAAAUAUUACCUGGGUGGAUUUGCGCUCCUGCCGUUCCUGUGGUUGGUGAAUGUCCUGUGGUUCUUUAAGGAAGCUUUUUUCAAACCAUCGUAUACAGAACAGCCUCAGAUCCAGAGCUAUGUAAAACGUUCAGGUCUUGGUCUCCUCGUCUGGGUGGUCAUUUUAACAACUUGGAUCAGCAUCUACCAAACCAACCGGGCCAGUUGGGGUGCUACCGGGGACUAUCUGUCAUUCACUAUCCCACUAGGCAUCCCCUGAUACCAGGUCUUGCUUGUUACAGCUGGAUUAUAAUCUGUGGACCAGUAACCCCAAUGAUCACAUGCACUGAUAAUGUAGUCCUGACCCGGAGCCCCCUACCUGCACAACUGUUUGUGCCUGGCCUUACCAUGCAUAGAGCAUCACCUGGCGACAAGGACGGACUUUGCAAUUAUCCUGAAAAAAUAAAAUCCUUUCCUUGAUUACAUAUUU